UCUUUAAAGGUCUAGCGGCUUCUGCCGCAGGAGGAAAGGCGGAGGCCGGAGGGGCUACUGUUGGGGGGCUUCCAAGCCUCCCCUUUCCCUUCCUUUCCCCUCAGGCGCCAUGUGGAUCCAGGUGCGCACCAUCGACGGGGCCCAGACGCACACCAUCGACGACCUCAGCCGCCUCACCAAGAUCGAGAGCCUCCGGGAGAAGAUCCAGGAGAGUUUCCGCGUCAGCCCCGAGCGGCAGCGCCUCUUCUACCGGGGCAAGCAGCUUGAAGAUGGACAUACCUUAUUUGAUUAUAAUGUUGGACUGAAUGAUAUAGUUCAGCUUUUGAUACGUUCAGAAUCGGAUGCUCCUACUAUUUCAUUGACUAAUAAAGAUGGAAAACCUAGUCCCUGCAAUGUUUCCAACUGUAAGAACAAAGUCACCCAAGGAAUAAACAGUGGAUCAUCUAAUCUGCCAUCUACAUCAGCCCGCUCAUUUCUUAUCGAUCCUGGCAUUGGACGAUACAAGAUAAAUGAACUGGUGGAUGCUCGAGAUGAGACGAUAGGAUCCUGGUUUGAAGCCCAUAUAGAAAACGUAACUCAAGUACCAAAAGGACAUAAAAAUGGAAAAGCACAAGGAAAAAGUGGCAGUAAUUACAAAAGGACUAAUGGAAACAUAAGCCAAGAGCACUCUAGAGAAAAUAUAAAUCAUUUGGACAAUGCACCUUCUACGUCUUAUUCAGAUUAUAUGGACAAUGGUGAAGAUACGAUAUAUCAUAUCAAGUAUGAUGAAUAUCCAGAGAGUGGCAUUGUAGAAAUGGCUGUCCGUAAUCUACGACCACGAGCCAGAACUAUUUUGAAAUGGAAUGAAUUGUGUGUGGGUGAUGUGGUGAUGGUUAAUUACAAUGUAGAUAGUCCAGAGGAAAGAGGAUUUUGGUUUGAUGCAGAAAUCACCUCUUUAAGGGAAAUUUCAAGGACUAACAAAGAAGUUCAUGCUAAAAUUAUGCUGGGAGGCCCAGAAGAUGCUAUAAAUGAUUGCAAACUCCUUUUUAUAGAAGAAAUAUAUAAGAUUGAAAAACCAGGGGCGUAUCCUUUGACAUUUGCAGAUGGACAGUUCAGAAGAAAGAGUGGCCCUGAAUGCAAGCAUUGCAGAGCUGACCCAGAUAAAGAAUGUCGAUUUUGUUCCUGUUAUUUGUGUGGUGGGAAACAAGAUGCCCACAUGCAACUUCUGUGUGAUGAGUGCAACAUGGCCUACCACAUAUACUGCCUAAAUCCACCUUUGAGCAAGAUACCAGAAGAUGAGGACUGGUACUGCCCUUCCUGUAAAAAUGAUUCGGAUGAAGUUGUAAAAGCUGGGGAAAAGCUGAAGCAAAGCAAAAAGAAGGCGAAGAUGCCAUCUGCAUGUACAGACAGCCAGCGAGAUUGGGGCAAGGGUAUGGCCUGUGUUGGUCGUACUAAGGAAUGCACUAUUGUCCCAUCAAAUCAUUAUGGACCUAUACCUGGAGUUCCAGUAGGAGCAACCUGGAAGUUCAGAGUGCAGGUGAGUGAAGCAGGUGUUCAUAGACCUCAUGUUGGUGGAAUCCAUGGCCGUAGUAGUGAUGGUGCUUACUCCCUUGUGCUGGCUGGAGGAUUUGAAGAUGAAGUAGAUCGAGGGGAUGAAUUUACUUACACUGGGAGUGGAGGAAGAGAUCUUUCUGGUAAUAAAAGGAUUGGAGAACACUCAUUUGAUCAAACUCUAACACACAUGAACAGGGCCCUGGCCCUGAAUUGUGAUGCCCCACUGGAUGAUAAAAAUGGAGCUGAAUCUAAAAACUGGAGAGCUGGAAAGCCUGUGCGUGUGGUUCGGAGCUCAAAGGGUCGAAGAAUCAGCAAAUAUGCCCCUGAAGAAGGCAAUAGAUAUGAUGGCAUUUAUAAGGUGGUGAAAUACUGGCCAGAAAUUGGAAAAUGUGGAUUCUUAGUUUGGCGCUAUCUUCUGCGAAGAGAUGAUGCUGAACCUGCACCUUGGACGACUGAAGGAACUGAACGGUCAAAAAAAUUGGGCUUAAGUUUACAGUACCCAGAAGGUUAUUUGGAAGCCAUGGCUAGUAAAGAAAAGAAGGACAAAAUUAAAAAACAGCCUAUGAAACAGGAGCCAACAGAAGAGAGCAAUGGAAAUCAGAAAAGACCAAUAGAUGAUGAAGGCCUAGAAGAACCAGCAAACACAGCCAAAGCUAUGAAGAUGGAGGAUGGAGAGAAAGUAGAAGCUUUCGAUCUAACUCAGCAGCAGCAGUGGUUGAUUCAGGAAGACUCUCCAAACCAGAAAGUGUGGGAUGAAGUUCUAGUUUCUCUUAAGGAAGGACCAAAUUUUUUGAAGAAAGUGGAACAAUCUUUUAUGUGUGUCUGCUGUCAGGAGCUGGUUUACCAACCAGUGACCACAGAGUGCCUCCACAAUGUCUGUAAAAGCUGUUUACAGCGCUCUUUCAGAGCUGAGGUCUUCACUUGCCCUGCUUGCCGACAUGACCUUGGAAAGGGCUACACCAUGAUCCCCAACAAGAUACUUCAGACACUACUUGACCAGUUCUUCCCUGGUUACAGCAAAGGGCGAUGAUACUGUUCGGCUCCUGACAUACUUCUCCUAAUGACUUACAGACUGUAAAAAAAGAGAAGGGGCUAGGAAAGAAAGCUCAACUGUGGACCAGCUGGCUUGAGGAAAUUCACUUUACUGUCACAUUGUGAAGCGGCUAACUCAGUCUUCUUUCCCAUUUCACAGUCUUUUUGUGUAGUAAGAACUUCAAAUUUUUAGCUGUCUUUUCAAAACUGAAGGUAGUUUUGGACAGAUGUCAACUAGUUUGUGUACUGGAAAAAAGCCUCGGCUCUUGCCGUGGGAGCUGCAGAUACUUCAGCUUGUUUUUGUAACUACCUCAGAUGGAGGAAAACAAUUUGCAGAGAAUUUAAAGAGUGCGUCAGAUGAAGUUAGCUACACACUGCCUCUCGAAUAUUGGUUUUGCUUGGUCUGUGCUGUUUGUUUUUGCAAAAAAGCUCCAGCACAUAAGCCAGUUUUUCUCAGAAAACAUCAAUUUCAGUGGUGUGCAUAAUCUUUUUUGUGUUUCCUCCCAUUAUGCUGUAUUUCUUACUACUUUUGCAAGAACGGGCUUUUAGUCUAUUUUUGUGAGCGUCAUUGUGCUCUCGUAUCUUAUGCAAGUUGACUACUAAUGACUGAGAACAAUAUUACUGCAUUGUUGCUGUUAAUGUAAAGUGAUUUGUGUUUUUUGCACUUAAAAAGGGUAUUCAAUAUACUCUUAGCUGUGUAAAAACUUUCAUAUGAAACAAGCCACUUUUAUAUUACGUAAAACUGUAUGCUUUUAGUAGGUCUUGUAUCAGUGUCAAUACAUCUUAUACAGCAUUGGGAACAGCACUAGCUUGGAGAGGGCUCAAAUCGCUUCAUAUUGUGAUCUGAAAUUUUAUAUACAGUAUAUUCCUCUCCCUGAAUAUACCUUAUUAAAUAUUUUAUGAUUCAUAAAGUGUUAAUUGUUUGUAUUUUACAGCCAUAAAACUCCAGAAGUAAGCGUUUCCUAGAGGAGGACUUUUAUAUAGGACAUGGCAUUCCAUUUGAAAUUUUUGAUAAGCAGGGCAAGUAAGUCUGGGAUUUAGAUUAGUCUUUGGGGCAUUUGCCUUGGAGAGCUGUAUGUUACAAAAAUGUAUUUUAGAAAGCCCUUUGUUUUGAGGAGCUGACAUUUUCAUCUCUUUUGAUUGUAGUUACUGUUAACACAACUGACAAUAUAUUUCUUGUUUGUAUAGAGCAUUUCAUACAUGUCUUAGUGAACCCUGCAAAUCUUCAAGACAGGCUGGUAUUAUCCCUAUAUUGCAUUUAGGGGACUGAAGCUUUGAGAUACUGGGUUGGUUUGGCAUUAUGUGAACAAAGCUGCUUGAGUUUAUAUGCUCUUUUUCCUCCCUUUUCCUCCCAGAACAAGCCAAAGAAUGGGAUUUUAAAAUAAAGUGGAAACUUGCAAAUUCAUUAUAAUUCCUAAUGAUGUUUAGAGCCAGGGUAGUUUAAACCACUGCUUCUCAAACUGCGAGUCUUGACCCCAAAUGGGGUCCCAUUAGCUCAGUCUUGGGGUCACAAAAUAAUUGGUAACAAUAUAAGUUGCUGAAUGUCACCCAGUGGCUGUUUUAGACAUUUACACAAAUCUGUUGUACAGUAUUUACAAUGGACUCUGCAGAAGAUGCCUCAGCUGUACUUCAUGAAAAGGAAAAUCAGCUUGUUUAGCAAGCGUUGCUAUGCUGAUUUGUUACCAAUAAAUGGUUGAUUUUAAUAUCUUUUUUAUAUAAUUAUAUACCCAAGGUCACAUAAAAUUGUGUCGGGCCAAAAGGGGCUGUGGAUGGAAAAUGUUUAAGAAGCUGUGGUUGAUGAAUGGGCCCAGGAUCAAUUGAUGUUUGAGCCACCUUGUGCCAAAAUAAGUCUGCAGUAGAACUAAAAUAUCAAAACUUAAAAAGUAGACUGUUUUUGUUUGCUUAAUUUUCUUAGCAGAUUUCCCUAUACACUUAUGCAAAGUAAAUUCUGUUGAGUCAGUUUGGCCUAAUUCUCAAGUAGGUGAGUCUUCUUUGGCACAGUAAUUGUGGAUACACAAUGAACUCAAAAAAAUCUUUCUGCCUUGAACAGAAGGAGACUUUCAUUCCUACUCUACAGGCCUCUCAAAUUUCUCUGGAUGACACUCACUAGGGUGAAUGUCAGAUAGAAACCAUGUGAUGUUGUGGAAACUCUGCUGGUUCAGAAUCUCUCUACCCAGCCCUGGCCAAGUAGUCUUCAAAUUCCUAGUAUGUGCUAAAAUCUAAGCCUUUAAGCCAACACCUUACUCGCUUAGAUGAUGAGCACCUAGUAGAGGCAGAGAAUCAGCAAUAUGAAAAAAAAUCAGUGUAAUGCCUGUGUGUCACGCAACUCCAGUGAUCAAAUUGCCUUUCAGUGCUCAUUAUAAUAUAAUUUAUACUUCUAUGAAAUAAGUUUCAAGUGAUCCCUUGGUGUUUCCUCUUUUCUGCCAGCUCUGUACAACGGGUACAGAACACUUCAUAGGAGCCAGAUUGACGUGAGUGUCUUCAACGUGUAAUUCCAUUUUGGACUCUGCGGCACAUUUGUUUAUUGUACAAUAGCGGCUUUAAAAAGUGAUUUGUUUUUUGAUGUGUGCUGUAAGGGAUAUAUGGCCAUCUUUUAAUUUCAAAUAAAUUCAAAUUCAGUUCG